GAUCUAUUGGUUGAUCCUACACGGUGCAUUGUGUUUGCAACAUAACUUAUUUCUGCAGUCAGUAUGCAGGUUUGUCAACCUGAACUCAACCGAAACCUACACAAAUGUUACUCGACGUAAAUGUCCCGUGUCAUAUGCUGUGCAGGGAAACAGGUUAGGAUCUCUAGGGAGUUACACGACCAUCACCAGUAGCGACGGCUGACGCUUAAGACGGCAUUGGGUGACAGCGAGUGACUGUUCAGGCAGGACAACAAGGGACAUGAGAGACUGUCGGUGGAAACAAGAUACAAUGUAGACUGUCGGUAGAAACAAGGAAUAUUGGGGAUUCUCGGUAGAAAUAUGGCAUAUAAAAGAGCAUACAGUGUGCCUAUUUGUCACAGGAAAUGGACAGUGGUGACAUUGUUCACAGGGAACAGACAGUGGUGACAUUGUUCACAGGGAACAGACAGUGGUGACAUAUUGUUCACAGGACACAGACAGUGGUGGCAUAUUGUUCACAGGGAACAGACAGUGGUGGCAUUGUUCACAGGGAACAGACAGUGGUGACAUAUUGUUCACAGGACACAGACAGUGGUGGCAUAUUGUUCACAGGGAACAGACAGUGGUGGCAUUGUUCACAGGGAACAGACAGUGGUGACAUAUUGUUCACAGGGAACAGACAGUGGUGGCAUAUUGUUCACAGGGAACAGACAGUGGUGGCAUAUUGUUCACAGGGAACAGACAGUGGUGGCAUAUUGUUCACAGGGAACAGACAGUGGUGACAUUGUUCACAGGACACAGACAGUGGUGACAUUAUUCACAGGGAACAGACAGUGGUGACAUUGUUCACAGGACACAGACAGUGGUGACAUUGUUCACAGGACACAGACAGUGGUGGCAUUGUUCACAGGGAACAGACAGUGGUGGCAUUGUUCACAGGGAACAGACAGUGGUGACAUUGUUCACAGGGAACAGACAGUGGUGGCAUAUUGUUCACAGGACACAGACAGUGGUGACAUUGUUCACAGGGAACAGACAGUGGUGACAUAUUGUUCACAGGGAACAGACAGUGGUGGCAUAUUGUUCACAGGGAACAGACAGUGGUGACAUUGUUCACAGGACACAGACAGUGGUGACAUUGUUCACAGGACACAGACAGUGGUGGCAUAUUGUUCACAGGGAACAGACAGUGGUGACAUUGUUCACAGGACACAGACAGUGGUGGCAUAUUGUUCACAGGGAACCGACAGUGGUGACAUUGUUCACAGGGAACAGACAGUGGUGGCAUAUUGUUCACAGGGAACCGACAGUGGUGGCAUAUUGUUCACAGGGAACAGACAGUGAUCUCAUGUUGUUCACGGGAACAGACACGUGAGACCCACUGGUCGCGGUAACUAGGCUAGACACACUGUUUAUGGGAAGAGAUCAGUUAAGAGAAACACAACACGAGGACAUGGAACAUAUUGGUUAUAAGCUGCUUAUAUAUUUUUAAGUAAGUUUAGAAAUGACUAAUUCAAACAAGUCAAACUUCAAGGUGAAGACAUUUUGCCAAACCGGGAAACCGCCAGUCAUUCUCUGGAGAAUUAUUUCACCACUUCUGUUUAUAGUUGGCAAAGGAAUUUAUUUAUUUAUAUGAUCUACCCAAUAUGAGGAUGAAUGAUUCAAACUGUUCGAACGAAGAGAAUGAAGCCAUAUUGCCUAACGAGGAAACAGCUGAGCUCUUAUGGAAGAUCAUUUCGCCAAUUCUCCUUCUACUUGGCACUGUAGGCAACCUCCUUUCCAUUGUUGUGUUGACCCGUAAGGCAAUGCGGAAGUCCAAUAUGUCCAAAUACCUAACCUGUCUGGCAGUGGCUGAUCUAGCGGUUCUGUAUGUCGGACUUCUACCACAAUGGAUAAGUGUUACGUUCGAUGUAGAUAUAAGGGACGUUCAUCCAGUUGUUUGUAAGACACACCCGUGGUUACUGUACUCAAGCCUUCACACAUCGGCUUGGAUUCUAGUCUCUGUGACCAUUGAACGCACAGUAUUUGUUUGGAGACCUUUACAUUACAAGUCUGCUUGUACCAAGAGAGUCGCCACCUUGUGUAUGAUAGUUGUAAUUAGCUUUUGUUUGAUAAUAAAUUGUCACUUUCUGAUCUUCUUGGAACUUACUGAAACAGAUCCAGGAGUUUAUGUGUGUGAUUACGUAAAGACAGCUGAUUAUUUAUACAAGAAAGUGUUUCACUGGAUAGAUCUGUGUGUGUGGUGUAUUGUACCUGUCGUUGUCCAUCUUGUGUGCAAUAUUCUCAUCAUUUACCGUCUACGCGUUCAGACCCAUAUAUUCACAAGACAUAAUUCAAGAACAAGAGCAGAUAGAUUGAGACAAACUCUAGUGACAUCCACGACAACGAUGCUGUUGAGUUUGAACCUGGUGUACCUCCUCUGCACCUUGCCCGUGUCCGUCUUCUUCGUUGGCGAGGAAUAUUGGAACAUCAGUUCCCCGGGGGCUGAGGCAGAAGCACAGCGAGAGCUUAUAAAGGCGUGUGUGAGCCUUCUGAUGUACCUCAACAACUCCACCAACUUCAUCAUCUGCUUGGUCAAAGGUAAACGAUUCCGGAAGGAGGUUAGCACCAUCUUCAGCUGUCGGAGAACACGUGGUCCUGCAACCCAACAAAGACCUACAUCCAUCUCUAAUAUAUCAAGGUCAUUCCGUCAGAGGUCACUUGCAGAGUCAUCAAGAAGUUCAUCGAGGGACAUUAUUGGCCUGAGGUACAGACGAUACUCCGCACAAGGUGGACAAAUAAACAACAUAAGCUCCAGUAUCAGCAUGUGACGAGGUGGACAAAUAAACAACAUAAGCUCCAGUAUCGGCAUGUGACGAGGUGGACAAAUAAACAACAUAAGCUCCAAUAUCAGCAUGUGACGAGGUGAACAAAUAAACAACAUAAGCUCGAGUAUCGGCAUGUGACGAAGUGGACAAAUAAACAACAUAAGCUCCAGUAUCAGCAUGUGACGAGGUGGACAAAAAAACAACAUAAGCUCCAGUAUCGGCAUGUGACGAGGUGGACAAAUAAACAACUUGAGCUCCAGUAUCAGCAUGUGACGAGGUGGACAGAUAAACAACAUAAGCUCGAGUAUCGGCAUGUGUUGAGGUGGACAAAUUCAUUAUAAGCUCGAGUAUCAGCAUCUGACGAGGUGUGACAUUUUGUCUGUGGUUAUUGGAGAAGUCAUUUGCAAAAUGUUGUUUGCAAUUUUUAAAAAAUGUGCAGCUUGGACCACGCCAAAAAGGCUAAUGUGGGUGCAAAAGUGAGAAAUAAAAGACCAUUCUUAGAUCUCGACAAUGCAAGUAGAUUUAAGAAAAGCAAUUACUGAAUCUACAUUAAAAGUAUUAUUAUUGAACAAUUAUACGAUUCCGACUAUAUCAUUUUCAAAUAGUGAUGAUACUAGAUGUUCACGAAAAGUUGAUCGUAUCUUACCCUACCAGUGGCAUCCGUCACAGACACGUGCAGAGGCAAGUCAAGUGUUCCACUUAAAACAACAACACAGGAACGUAAAAGAAAGGUUGAAGUCAAAA